CAGUUCUCAGAGUUGCCAGUGAGCGGUGGCCUUUCUAGAUAUGAGGAGUUGCGAAUGUUGCGGUUAAAAUUCAAUUAUUAUUAUAUUUUCAUCAAUGACUGCGGACAGUACUUACAGUAACGAACAGGUUAUUCUUGUGACAGGUGGCUACGAUCAUACUAUUAAAGUAUGGCAGCCUCACACAGGAGUUUGUCAACGUACAGUGGAACAUACAGAUUCGCAAGUGAAUGCUUUGAACAUUACACCAGAAAAAUAUGGGAUAGCUGCUGCUGGAUAUCAACAUAUAAGAAUGUAUGACUUAGUUUCUGACAAUCCAAAUCCAGUUAUGAAUUACGAAGGAGUAUCAAAGAACAUUACAGGAUUGGGUUUUCAGGAAGAGGGUAACUGGAUGUACACAGGAGGGGAAGAUUGUACAGCUCGUAUCUGGGAUCUCAGAUCAAACAACUUUCGUUGUCAAAGGGUAUUUCAAGGGCCAGCUCCAGUGAAUUGUGUGUGCUUACAUCCCAAUCAAUCAGAACUUAUUGUUGGAGAUCAAAGCGGUAUUAUACAUUUGUGGGAUUUACGUUCAGAUCAUAAUGAACAGCUGAUACCGGAGGCUGAAGCAUCUGUACAAGAUAUCGCGAUCGAUCAAGAUGGCACAUACAUGGCGGCAGUGAAUAACAAAGGUCAUUGUUACAUUUGGACGCUCACGGGUGGAGUCGGAGAAGAGCCUACGCGGCUCAAUCCUCGUCAAAAGCUUGCAGCGCAUAAACGUUACGCUCUUCGAUGCAAGUUCAGUCCCGAUUCUACACUUUUAGUAACUACGUCCGCCGAUCAGACUGCUCGAGUAUGGAAAACGGCAGAUUUCUCUGAAGUACAAGUACUUCAGCACGAGGCGAAACGAUGGGUCUGGGAUGCAGCGUUCAGCGCGGAUUCGCAAUACAUAUUUACGGCUUCAUCUGAUGGUGUUGCGAGGUUAUGGAACGUAUCAACGGGAGCCGUAGAACGAGAAUAUCAAGGCCAUCAGAAAGCACUUACUGCUCUCGCGUUUCGUGACGAAGUGCUUUCCGUUUCCUGAAUUACUCGUACAGGUUUAUUUAAAUUUUAUUUCAAUAAUUUACCAAUGUUUAUACGUCGAAAAUAUGUUGAGAUCUUUCUAUUUCUCAAUGCACUUUAUUUCGAUUUUAUUGCAUACGAUAUUGCAAUGUUUUUUUACAUUUUAAUUAAGUUCAAGUUCCAGUCUUAAAAUAGGUUUGCACAUUUUCAAGCGUGUAUAAAGAUCACAAAACGAUUUAUAAAUACCCAGUUAUUUCUGUUUUCGAGUAUGUUAAUAAACAGAAAAAUUAUCCGCA